AUGGGUGUCCAACCUUUGUCUAAGAUUUCUAUGCACGAACUCCGACUUGGGAUUCAUGCAGAAGCUUCCAUUAAAGCUACUACUCGUCUUCUCGGAUUAAAGGGAGAGAGUAGCCAAUGGAUAAAUGUGAAGUUUAAACACCCCCAUCCAACCGCAGAUGAUUGGGUCGCAGUUUUUUCUCCAGCUAUUUUCAAUGCUUCCACAUAUAUGCCAACCAUGGGAAAUCCUGCUCGCCUAAGUCCAAUGUUGGUUUCUGCCCCAAUCAAGUACCAAUUUGCAAAUCAUUCAACUCCAGACUAUGUACAUACGGGUAAUGGAUCUUUGAGGUUCCGUCUGAUCAAUCAGAGAUACGACUUUGCAUUUGCAUUAUUUUCCGGUGGUCUUGCCAAGCCGAAGUUAAUAGCUACUUCGAACAAGAUCUCUUUUGCAAACCCAAAGGCACCUCUUUAUCCUCGUCUUGCUCUUGGAAAGUCUUGGGAUGAAAUGACUGUAACUUGGACAAGUGACUAUGACAUAAACGAGGCUGUCCCUUUCGUUCAAUGGGGGCUCCAGGGUGAAGAACAAGUUCGGUCUCCAGCAGGAACAUUGACAUUCACCCAAACCAGCAUGUGUGGUCCACCUGCAAGAACUGUUGGUUGGAGAGAACCAGGCUUCUUUCACACAAGUUUCUUAAAGAACUUGUGGCCAAAUCUAAAAUAUACAUAUAAGUUGGGUCAUAAAUUGAUGGAUGGUACAUAUGUUUGGAGUAAUAACUAUUCAUUCACUGCACCACCAUACCCUGGACAGAACUCGUUGCAACGCGUUAUCAUAUUCGGAGACACCGGAAAGGCAGAACGUGAUGGAUCCAAUGAUUAUCAAAAUUACCAGCCUGGAUCUCUCAACACCACUGAUACUCUUACCAAGGACUUGGGUAACUAUGAUAUAGUCUUUCACAUUGGUGACUUGUCUUAUGCAAACGGUUUCCUAUCACAAUGGGAUCAAUUCACAGAAAUGAUUGAACCCAUUGCUUCUGCUGUACCUUACAUGGUUGCUAGUGGUAAUCACGAACGAGACUGGCCAAAUUCAGGAUCCUUUUAUAACACAGCAGACUCUGGUGGUGAAUGUGGUGUACCUGCUGAAACAAUGUUCUAUGUGACUGCGGAAAAUCGUGCAAACUACUGGUACUCCGUAGAUUAUGGAAUGUUUCGAUUCUGCAUUGGUGACUCAGAACAUGACUGGAGAGAGGGAACCGAGCAGUACAAAUUCAUCGAGAAAUGUUUUGCAACAACGGACAGGCAAAAACAACCAUGGCUUAUCUUUGCUACUCAUCGUGUUCUAGGCUAUUCAUCCAAUGAGUUGUAUGCUCAACAAGGUUCAUUUGACGAACCAAUGGGAAGAAGCAGUCUUCAGCAGCUGUGGCAGAAAUAUAGAGUUGAUAUUGCUUAUUAUGGUCAUGUUCACAGCUAUGAGAGAACAUGCCUAAUUUAUGAGAAUAUCUGCGUCAGCUCAGAAAUAUCGCACUUUUCAGGGCUAUGGAAUGGAACGAUUCACGUUGUUGUAGGAGGGGGUGGAAGCCAUCUAUCGAGUUUCUCAUCUCUAAAGACAAAGUGGAGUUUAUACCAAGAUUACGAUUUCGGAUUCGUAAAAAUGACUGCAUUCAACCACACAUCUCUCCUUUUUGAAUACAAAAAAAGCAGGGAUGGAAAUGUUUAUGAUUCAUUCACAAUCACAAGGGAAUACAUGGAUGUUCUUGCGUGUACAGUAGGCAGUUGUGCAGCCACUACUUUAGCUGGCUAA